CAGACUCCUUCUCCCUUUCCUCUGUGAGUUCUGCUAAGUGUUAAGAGGCAGGCAGGAAGCAGUGGGCAAGGAGUCCGAGUGGGAAUGUGUUCUUUCGUGAGAGUGGGGUCUCCCAAAGUGCUGGGGCGCCCCAGGGGAUUGGAAACUUCCCUCCAGCCAGGUACAGCUUUCCCCUUAUAGGUGCCUUUGGAGGGCUGAAGGUGUCUGAAGGAAAACCUCCCCUGAGCAUGGAGGUCACACUCACUCAGGAGCAAAAGGAUGAUUUAGGAGACAGGAGGGUCUUCAUGGGACCACGGUCUCCAGUUGAGUUGGGGCUCCGGGUGGGAUUAGGAAAAGAAGAUUCCUCAUGGCGGGAGAGGCCUGUGGUUAGUAAUAAAUAUGAGGAAACGAGGGCACCACCAGAAACAAAAUCUCCAUUGAGGAAGGAACUCGAAAUACGAUCAAAAAGGCAGAACUUUUCUAGGCCCCGCACGGAGAGGGGUAAUUUCGGAGUCAACUCACAGGGAACAAAACCUUGUCUGGAUAUAUUGCCAGGAAGAAUGGGGUUAGAAAAUGAGUAUCUUCUGGCAGGGCGUAACCGUGGAAGGUUACAGGCUCCCUUGGGCAUGGCGAGUGGAAGUCCACAGGAUGUAGGGUACGGGAGAUGUCCUGCGGCUAGUGGCCCUGAAGGGAUAGAGGCAUUAGUGGAAAAGCAGCAUGCUUUGGAUGUGGAACCAAGACAGGAACUAGAAAAAGAGCCUACCUGUAUUGCGAUGAAACCAAGCCCAGAGAUUAAGCCUCCUGUGGAGGUGGACAUUGGGCUGCCCCAAACAGAGGAGCCAGAUGAAACUAAGAAUACAGAGCUCCAGAUGGGCUUGGUAGUAGAACCACCCCAGUGCCAGUUUGCCCAACAUCCUGAAGAGAAAAAGAAAGCUGGAAACAUUGAACAAGGAGUGGAACCUCCAGAUCGCAUCAGACCCAUAUACACUGGGAAAUUUUUUGAUCGGACACCUUGCUGGCCAAGUGCAGGGAAAGUCAUUCCAGUUGGUUACAGACUUGCAACCUGCUUGACUGAAAAACUUCCCAGGCUAAUUACUCCACCCGAGGCAAAAAAGUAUUUCAACUUCAGAUAUCCACCUGCCGGAGCAGAAAGAGUAUUUUAUGGUAGAGCAAAUGAUCCCCAAAUCGCACGUUCCUUGACACAUGGAAAAAAAUAUAAAAUUACAAUACCGGCAAGUACAGUGAUAAACCCACAGCCUAUGACCGCAUUUCAACAGAAAAUUAAAGAUAAAAAAGAAUCUAUAUAUUUUAGCAAUCAACGAGCACCAUUAGGAAAAUCUCAUGAUCAAGCACCAGGAUUACCUAAAGGAAUGGAUGUAAUCAAUACGACAUUUGGGACAGCAGUCAUCAGAGAAUUCUCUGCCAAAGAAGUGGUGAAUCCACCAAAACCCUAUGAAGAAGUAUUUAAAGAAGGAAAGGAGGGACACGAUUUGUAUGUUGUUUCUCACAAUGAUUAUUAUCCGGGAGAAAUGAGGAAUCGAAAGUAUAACCCAUCAAGUUUCCACAGGUUUAACUUAUACGGAUUCCCAACACCACAUUUUAAUGAUGGACGAACCAUGGCAAAAACUUUAUAUUGGCUUCAUGAACUACAAAUGAAAAGAGGAGCUAAGAUUGUAUCUAAGAGAAUUGAUGAUUUCAAAGUAAAGUUUCAACAUAAACUUGGAAGAGUUUUUGAUCCCAUUGCAGAAACAAUGAAUGUUCCCCCAGGCCACACAUUUGGAGCUUGUCUCCGUCCUGAGGAGUAUGGAGUCGGUGAUCUCAUCCAUAAUAGACUUCCCGGUGAGUAUCUUCGAGGCAAGGAUAGACAUCGAGCCCUGAUUGCAGCAGUUAGAAAUCACUUGAAGAAAGUUAAUUACCAAAACUUCGACACCUUGUUGGAAGCCUUCAGGCACUAUGACAAGAAGGGAGAUGGAAUGAUAGAUAAAGCUGAGCUGCGGGAAGCUUGUGAGCAGGCCGACCUGCAUUUAGAUGAGAAGCUCCUGGACCAGCUACUUGACUACUGUGAUGUGGAUAAAGACGGCCUGAUUAACUUUCUAGAAUUUGCAAAUUUUCUUAACUGGAAAGACAAACUGCCUCUUAAAGAGUACGAAGAGAGGGCCAUUAUUAAAGGUAGAAAACCUGAUUGUACAAACCCUGCUGAGGCUAAUGUUGAAGAAUCUGAGCCAACUCUCCUGAUAAAACCUGAAGAUAUUGUCUUAAAAGAACCAGGGAGCUCAGAUAAGACUCUGCGGACACUUCUGAGACCAAGUGAUAAAGUUUCUGAUGAGUAUAAGACAAGUUCUUCUGAGAUCAAUGCAGUUGUGGGAGCCAGUGCCUCUAUUUGUUACCCCACCUGUGGUGUUCCAACCAUUCGAUCUGAUAUUCCUGUCCCCCGAAUUCGUCGUGUCAGUGAUAGAACUAACUAUGGUGAAGAGGGCAAUGCUUAUUCAUUACUAUAUCCUACCAUCUUUGCCCAGAAAGGAGUGUUCGAAAGAGACUUCUUCAAGACCAGAUCAAAAAAAGAGAUUGCAGAGAUAUUAUGUAACAUUGGUGUCAAGCUUUCUGAUGAAGAGUUUGAACAUGUAUGGAAUCUUGCAUCAAAAAAACAUCACAGAGGAGAAGUUUGUGUUGAGAGCAUCAGAAAUGUUCUAGAUGAGCUACAGCAUGCAGACCGGAUCAAGUGUGAAACACCUAUGUGAUAUUUUUGGAGUUCAUUCAUUUAAACAAAAGAAUUAUUAAAACUGUGUUUAUAUAAAAUAUUCAAUCCA